CCCUUUCAAAACCCACACGUGUUAAUUGGAAACAUGUUUUUUGUAGCAAUCUCUCACACGCCCUGACACCACAAUCAUUCUCCCCUUCACAACCCUCUCCUCCUCUUUACUUUUUUUUUAACACACACAAACACACACCCUGAAACCCAAAAGAACAUUAUUUUCCCGUGAAAUUCAAUUUGGGUUUCGUCAAUUAUGGCUGGAAGAAGAAGAAAAAAGAUGAAGUUGUUGGCUGAAACAAUCAGAGACAAUGGUAGAGUUUCGAAGAGACAGCGUGAUGAGCAACAAACACAGUCGGAGCUCCCAACAGAGCUUUUGGAACUUAUUCUUUCUCAGUUAAGCUUGAGGGAUAAUAUUCGUGCUUCUGCUGUUUGCAGAGAAUGGUUAGCUGUUGCUGUAUCUGUCAGAAUGGCCAACAAGCCUCCGUGGCUUAUGUUCUUCCCAAAAUUCGGCGACUUGUACGAAUUCUACGAUCCUUCUCAGCGCAAAACAUAUUGGCUUGAGUUGCCGGAGCUAGAUGGCUCUAGGAUUUGCUAUGCCAAGGAUGGUUGGUUGCUGCUAUACAAACCUAGGACGCAGUCCGUAUUCUUCUGUUGCCCUUACACGCGGGAGUUGAUCAAUUUGCCUAGUCUAGAAUUAAUGUACCAGAUAGUUGCUUUCUCUGCUGCUCCAACUUCUCCUAGCUGUAUCCUUUUCACAGUUAAGCAUGUGAGCCCCACAGUUGUUGCAGUUAGCACGUGUCGACCAGGGGAAACUGAAUGGACCACUGUGAACUACCAAAACCGACUACCAUUUGUUAGCAGCAUUUGGAAUAAGCUAGUUUUCUGCCAGGGUCUUUUCUACUGUUUGAGUCUUACCGGCUGGCUGGGUGUUUAUGACCCCGAAAAGAGUACUUGGGCCGUUCACUCCGUACCACCGCCUAAAUGCCCGGAGAAUUUCUUUGUGAAAAAUUGGUGGAAAGGCAAAUUUAUGACAGAGCAUAAUGGAGAUAUUUUUGUCAUAUACACUUGCUCUGCAAUAAACCCUGUGAUUUAUAAGUUGGACCAGACAAAUAAAGUAUGGGUGGAGAUGCAAACUUUGGGAGGCAUGGCACUCUUUGCUAACUUUUUGUCUUCCCAUGCUAGGACAGAUCUUCUUGGAACAAUGAGAAACAAUGUCUACUUCUCAAAGGUUCGAUUUUAUGGGAAACGGUGUGUUUCAUAUUCACUCGACAGUGGGAGGUACUAUCCACGGAAGCAGCGUUAUGAUUGGGGGGAACAAGAUCCCUUUGAGAGUGUUUGGAUCGAACCGCCUGAAGACCUCUCGACAUUUCUUUAAGGGUAGCAAUUACAGUGAUCAAAGUAAGUUCACUUCUUUGCUGUUUAAACGUUGACCGUGCUCAAUAGUUUUAUCCCUCACGUAGCUCGCCUAUCUUAAUAUCCUUUAUUCUCAUUUCAUUCCAUAAUGUAGUAGAGGUAUGUAGACUAUAGCUAGACUUUGGAACAAUGCUGUAAUACAUAAUUGUGACAUUAGAGAAUUACUCCCAUAUUUUCUUCAUUAAAAGCUUGUUCCUUUA